AUGCAACCAUCGUCUGUCUGCAAUCUUGUUGCCGGAUUGCGUCGUUAUGCAGAACCUGAUGAGAACACGGAUUUUCAUGUGCUGGGACACAACUAUCCGGUGGAAUCUGCUGGGGAGCCAGAUAGAGUGAAUUCCUCCAGUCAUUCGCUGCUUUGUGCGCAAAUUUCCAUGAACGGCGCAAGGAGUGUCUCGCCGCUGGAGGCGUUGAAACCCAUCCCCAUUCAAGCUCUGAACGAGAUGAAACAAAAAAACCAAAGGAUAACCGGCUUCCGUGAACGGUUACCCACGGACAUUGCGUAA